CUAUAGUUUGUUUUUAUUGUUAUUGUCAAUGUCUAAACUAUCAAUAAAUUUUAUAUUUUAAUAUUAUAUUGCAAUUUUUCAAAACAAUAUCACAUUCCCUGAUAUAUCGGAAAUCAUAAUUUUGAUUUAAAAUGGAAGAAAAAAAUUUUGUUUGGACAUCUGAUUUAACGAGAAGAUUUUUUGAACUGCGUUUUCAAAACGAUUGGCUCUUUAAAAAAAAGAAACAACCUUGGGGAGAAUUCCACAGAAUCCUUCUUGAGAAUGGUUUUCCAGAGGAAAUAACAGUAAAGCACUUACGAAAGAAGUGGUCAUAUACGUAUGACUCAUAUAGAAUAGCCAAAAAAACUAAAAAUAAGAGUUGGAAAUAUUAUAGAAUGUUUGAAAAACAUUUUGGAAAGUCUCAAGUUUUAGAUAAGUAUGAAGCAUGGAAUGAUGAAUGGAGAUUAAAACUAAUAAUAUGUGUCUCUGAGGCAAAAGAAGUGAAGUUAGAUUAUCAUAAUAUGUGGAGAACAGUGGAAACAGCAUUAAGGUGUCAGGAUUUACCUCUAGACUGUUGCAUCCAAGACUUGAAAGGGUUGUGGCAUUAUAUCAGGAUGACGUUUAAUAGGAAACAUCGUCUAGUUUUGCGAAGGACGGCGGGUCGGGACGACUGGCCAUUGUACACAUCGAUGGUGGACUACUACAGCAAGCACGAACCGGACUACCUCGAGCGCCUGGAGAACAUGUCUCCAGAGAGCCUGGCCUCGGCCGAACGAAGGGCCAAACACAUUCCGAGAGGAAAGCUUAACCAAGAAGACGGUGUCGAUGAGUUUCAAUGGUCCAAAGACAUAACGGAAUCGUUUAUACAGAUCCGCCUGCAAAACGACUGGCUUUUCAGAGAUCGAAAAUGGGCGUGGAACAAUCUUCGAGCUAUCAUGAUAGAAGAGUACGGGUUCCCUAAAACAUUAACCGGAAGAGAAAUUUGUAGAAAAUGGGCGGCCACUUACGCUGAGUAUCAAAAAGCGAAAGCUACAAAUAACAAAUCAUGGGUUUAUUACACAUUAUUCGAGCUGUAUUUUGGAGAGGGCAGCCUAAGUCUUAAUCCGUUGGUUGGUUGGCAAGAAGAAUGGGUUUUAAAUUUGAUAAGUGCAAGAACAGACUUAGACCAUUUAUUUAGGUUUACAACGAAGAAUUCGGACGAUUCUUGGCGAGAAGUCGAACAGAGGCUGAGAACAAUUGGUAUUCCCUUAGACCACAGUUUGCUAGAUCUACCAGAAAUUUGGAAACAUUUAUUGAAAACGUUCAGGUGGAAACAAAAAUUUGCCAACAAAGGUAUUCUGAACGAACAAUGGCCAUACUUCGAAGCUAUCGCCAAAUACACUGAAAUUCACGAGAAGCACGUAAUUAAGGAGCAGAAAGACGAUCACUUCGAAGAAGUGGCUCUCGAUGAUGACAUAGAAGACGAUAUGAAACUGUUUGACCUGAAACAAAGAUUGUCGCUCAUCAAACCAAAAUUUGAAGCCAUAGAGACAAAUCUAUGCAGGUCCUGUUCCAACGAAGACGGUUGUGUUAGCAUUUAUAAUCAGACCGAUGACGAUGGGUUGGACCUAGCCCAUAAACUAAAGAUCAUUGGUGGAAUCGAGGUAGAUCAGGCAGAUACUUUACCAUCACAAAUAUGCCUCAGUUGUGUUAAAGAAUUAGAAAAUGCAUACAAAUUCAGGAGAAAAUGUCAAGAGGCUGACAGAGAACUUAGAAAUACUUCAUCCAAUAAAAUAAAAAUUGAAAUAUCCGCCGACGUCAACCAUCAUCAGAUGAAAAACGAUGGCGAUGAUCACGAAAGUCAAGAUUUUGAUGUUGAUUUACAUUACGAAGACUUGGCAGAGGGAGCGGCGACUAAGUCAAAGCAACUGAUCAAGGGGGAGAAGAAAAUUAUAAGGCGGAAAAAAAUCCGCAAACUGAGAUACGACUACUGGAAAGUGUGUGAAGUUUGUGGAAAACACACGAGAAACCUCGUCAGCCAUCUGGACAUGCAUUCCAUCGACAAGUGUUACUCGUGCGAAAUCUGCGAGAAAAAGUUCAAGUUCAAGAGCGGCCUCAUAGUGCACAGAGCCGUCCACAAUCCGACUCCGAAGAAGACUUGCGAGGUCUGCGGGAAGAGCUUCCACAUCUUGGCCCAGUAUCGACGUCAUUACGCCUACCACGCGAACGAGAGGAAAUUCGAGUGCGAAACCUGUGGGAAGAGAUUUAAUUCGCUAGACAUUCUAAGAGUGCACAACAGGUCGCACACCGACGAGCGCCCCUUCAGCUGUCCAGAGUGCGGGAAAACCUUCCGCACUGCGGGCUGCGUUAGCAGACAUAAGAGGAUCGUCCACAGAAACGUCAAACUCCUAAAGAAAUAAACCUAUUAUUUAUUUCGUCAGAGACUGUGGUGGGUGGCCGCCGCUCUACUGCUGGUUGCGACGAAUACACAAGCCAGGAAUGUCACACAUGAAGACAUCCGAGAUGCCAUGAUGUCCUUAGUCCACAUGUUCCGAACGUCAGAAGAUAAGCUUGAACGCCACGAGUACAGAGAGAAGGCUCUUGGAGAGCAGCUCAAGAAAAUGAUAUCAGGUUUGGAGAAAAAACAUCGGAGUCUGGAAUCUAUGAAAGGAACCAUAUCAAGACUAGACGACAGGCUUUAUAAUGUUGAAAAUAUAUUCUUACAGAAAGAAGAAAGGGAGAAACAGACUCAGAAAAAGACCAAUGACGCGUUAGAUGAAAUACAAAAAUCUUUACAAUCACUAACUGCAACCGUAACAGAAAGUUUAAAGAAAACUACUGGGACAGUGGAACUAGAUAACAGUUUGACUACAAACGAGGAUCCACUAAGCAAACGUCUUGACGCUACGGAUGCUAAAUUAGAUGCUGUUAAACAAGAGAUCGAAAAUUUGAAGAACAGUUUAAAUAAGGAUUCCUUGAGAGCUAUGUGUUUAGAAGUUGCUUCGGAUAUAAAUCCUUUCGAACGGCAUAUAUCUGAAACUGAGAAACUACUCAACAAAUACGAACUGAAGUUAAACGAAUACAAUGGCAACGCUACUAAUGUUCAACCUGAUUUCGUUCCUCUCAGUGAGGUCUCGCUUGCUGACGAAGCCUGGCACAGCCAAAUGACCGAGGUAAUGGAGCGUCAAGAAAAAGAUGUUCACAAGAUACAGCAACUACUGUCAGACGCUGAAAGUAUGUGGAAGGACAUACCACACCUUGCAGACUUACAACGUACAACCAACUACACACUUGAGGCGAUUGCUGAGUUGAAAAACAACUUAACAGAGAAUCAAGACAAAGCUGUGUCAAAAAUAAACAUGAAGUUGCACGAAAUGGGCGACAGGAUGGUGGCCACCAACGAAGACAUCCAGCAGAGCCUCACGCAAGGCAACACUAUGAGCGAGCGCGCUUACAAUGACAUACAACUCAGCUACGACACGCUGCGCACUGAGUUACAAGCAUUCUCCAAGAACGAGCACGUUAUGUUGCAAACAGCGGACAACGUAAUAGCUACCAAGAAACGCAUCGAGUACGGUGUUCAUCAAAUAUCUUUAGAAGUCAGCGAACUCAUAAGGGUUCAGAGUAACCAGUUAAACAAAUCCAUCAGUGAAAGAUUUGAUAACAUCCAAACGGCUCUGAUUCAAAAUCAGACCUACGCGCUCAAUAAUUUGAGCUCGAAGAUCGAGUCGGACAUGUCGCAGGUGUGGCGCCAGAUCGGCGUCAUGUACAAGCAGCUCACCGCUAACCGCGCGUCGCUGGACAAGCUGACCGAACAAACGGUGUUAUACGUUAAUGGAAGUGCAACUACGUUAGGAAACAUGAGCGACAAGGUGAGCACAAUUACUACACGUAUGGCCGAAGUGGAUGACAAUUUAAACUAUUUGUUAGGGCGAUUGUCUAUUGUGACUCAGGAAUUUACUCAGAUCAAGACGGGACUCGGUGAUGCAUUAGAAAAAGCUAAAACUAGCUUCCAUAAAGUUAAAGCUGAAUUAGAAGAUAGUGGACCUGGUCCUCACCUCACAGAAAACUAAUGGAGAACAUAAAAAAUUAGAAAUAAUGUACCAAAUAACAUAGAUAAUGUAUGUUUAAGCAUAAGAAUACAUAGAUUAAUGAACUCAGACAGAAGAUAAAAUUGAAAUAAAACUCAAUACAUUUUAA